AUGAUUUCCAACAAGAUUCCCGCCUAUCUCGCCUUUACUGCCCUCAUAGCAGCCUCGCCCGUCGCCAUCACAGAUGGCGAGGGCUCAGUCUUUGCCCGUGGCAGUAGUGUUGACAACUGCGGCGCGUCGAUCUUUGAGAACCGUUCCUCCAACGGUUCUCCCCUGGUCGCCGACAGCCGGCGCAUGGCCACAAAUAUCGCCAACGGCGGCACUUGGACCGUUGCCAAUCUCGGCCAUCGUCAGCUUGUGCAGUACGGCACCUGUGCUUUUGGGGUCGAGGUGCUACGAUCCUUCGGCACGCUUACAACACGUAUCGGGAAUCAGGAAAUUAUCGAUCUCAUAAACGAAUCAAUCAACAGGUUCCAAUGGCAAGACAAGGUCGGCGCUGCCGGGAAUAUGAUGUGCCAGACCGAGUCAUCCACUCAGAACCGGGUUGCCUGGGGACUCUACCACACCUAA